AUGCCGCUGAUGAAUCCCAAAGUAGCCAUUUUCAAUUAUGAAAAUGGAGAGAAAUGUGAAGGUCCUAAUAUUCAUAGAAACGAUGCAAGUGUAGCAAACUUUCUUCAUAUAAAGUUGGACAAGGAUGUUCAUUUGAAGUCUGGGGAGAAAUAUAAAGUAUGUACAUUGAAAGACUUAAAUUUUAAUGGAGAUUACUUAAUUAAAGGGAAAAGGAAAAAGGAGAAAGGAGAUUAUGUUAUAAAAAAUAAGGAAUUAAUUUUGCCGAAUAAGCACAACAUGGACAAUAUACAAGACAUUUAUUACAUAUACAAAGAAGAUUCAGAUAUAUGCGAUUUAAUUAUUAGAAGAUACAAUGAUAAUAUAUAUUUAAGCAUAUUUAACAAUAUGCUGAUUAUUAUAAACCCUUGUGAUUAUGCACAUACUUUUUACAAGUUGUUAUUUAAUGGGAAAAACAAAAAUAAUUAUAUAUUUAGUUCAUUCAUUAACUACGCUUUGCAGAAAAAGUUAGGAAAAGUAUACUCUGAAUUUGAUGUACAUAAAAAUUCGGAUAAUAACACAUCUGAUGAAGAUUAUGACGAAGUUGCCAAAAAUAUGUUCAGACACAUGGAGAAAAAUAUAUGUUUGAAAAAAAUGAACAUAUUUGAUUUCUACAAACUUAAAAAAAAGAAGAAAUUGAGCUUGAUAGAAAUGAAAAAGGAAUUAUACACAAAAAGCAACGAUGAAAUAGUGAAAACGCAUAAAGAUAUUUUACAUAAUUUUAAAAUAAAUUUUAAUCAGCUUUUCAACAUUAACACUGAGCUUCGACGUUCUUCUACCGACAAUUCUGAAAACGAAUCUAUUAGUGGUACAGUUGGAGGCAUCCUAGAGAGCUCUGCUAGGGGAUCUACUAGCAAUUAUUCUGGAGAUGGUAGAAGGAGCACAAGUUUUAACUCUUAUCAAAGUUGUAUUAAAAACUCCAGAAGAUACCAAAAAGGUAACGGGUCUCAUAGUUCCAUUCAAUCUAGUUGUUAUAACAAUUUAAUUGGUUCUAAAAAUCCAGAACUCAGUAUGUCAAAUUAUGGAAAUAAAUUACUUUUCAUAUAUGGAGAAAAAAACAGUAAUCAAAAUGUAAUAAAUACAUACAUAUUCAAACAUAUUGUAAAGAAAGGGGGAAAUAAAGAAUUAUAUCAUGCUUACAAAAACAUUAUGAAUGUACUUAAUUUAUUUUUUAAUUACAAAUGUUAUAACUUUAUAAUAUAUCUAUGUAAUAACAACAAAAUUCUAUAUUUUAAUGUUAUUCCAUGUUUUUUAAAUGAUAAAAGUAAUUUGACAAAUAUAUGCUCAAAAAUUAGUAAUUUUUUGAAACACCUAAAUGGGACAAAUGCAUCUGAUAAAAAAAGGGGGGUAAAAAAGAGUACCAAAAAAAUGAGAAAAAAAAAUAGUACGUUAAGCGAUUCGGAAUGUAGAAGCAGUGACAGCAGAAUUGGUAAAGGAGAAGAAAAAUAUUCCUACAGAUAUGAACAUAGAAAGAAAAAAAAGAAGAAAAAAACGAAAGGGCAUAGAGGGGAAGAAGUAAAUGCGGGGUUACAUAUCGACACGGAUUGCAACACCGCUGGUUCGGAGGAACAAAGGAACGCUAAAGAAAAACAUUGCAGAAUGGGUAAAGGAAACAAAAAAAAUAUCUAUAACAUUCCUUAUAUAUUUUUUUUUCUUCUUGAGAGCACAUUACUGGAUAGUUCCCAUAAAUACUACAAACACUUAAAAUUGCACCCGCUGGAUAUAAAAAAAAUAUAUAAGAAUUAUUUGGACGCUCCGACAAACAUAAAUAUUAAGGCAUCCGACAUAAACAGAACAUUCGACUAUUUUUUAGAACUAGGUUUUACAGAAAAUGAUAUAAUUUCAAUAAUUAAAAUAUGCUACGCUAUCAUUUUUAUUAAUAUAUAUAUCACCAUAAGGAUAUGUUUACGAAAAAAUGAGAAGGAAACGUUGAAUUUUUUGCAUUUGCAACUGAUUAAUGUGCAAGAUUAUAAAAAUUUAGUAAUGAUAAAUUCAAUGAAUAGAAAGGAGAAAAAUCCAUCGGAUAGUAAUUAUAAUAAUCAUAACCCACCAGAUUUCUUAAAAUUUGACUAUGAAAAAUAUGUGAGCAGUGAUUUUAGUUCUUAUUACGAAGAAGAAAAUGGCAUAAAUUGCAUCGGACAAGUUAUUCAAAAUGAGUAUAGAGAUGAAAAGAAAAGUAAUAUGAAAAGUAUGAAAAAUGUGGAAAUUUAUGACGUUUUGAAUAAUCACUUGGACAAAAACUCAAUUAAUAUGAAUAACACAGAAAUUAACAAUGAGGAGGGUGAAGGAGUGAGCAGUGGGAGAAAAAACGUGGUAUCGAACGGAAAUGAAAACCAAGUACUACAUACAAACAGAACUAAGAAUAGAGAAAUAAAGAGAAAGCAAAAUUACUUCAUUGUAUUUGCUGGACAUAUAAUGGAGGAAUAUAUUUCCUUUUUACUAGAUGUUGAUUUAAGUCUUUUACUAAACAUUUUGAAUAAUACGAUAAAAUUAAAAAAUUUAUGUUCAACUAUUUUCUUCAGAUUAAAAAUUAGAAUAAUAAAACAAAUUAAUGAACACUUAAGAAAUUAUUACCUUCAUGGAAUCGUUACGCACUCCUUGUACUUGUAUUGUAAUACUGGGUUAAGUAAAAAUAUAUCAGAAAAAAGCAAAAAAGAAGGUGAGCGAAAUGAUAAUAGUUUAACAGAACUUAUUAAUAAUAUGUACAAUGAGAUAUUACACUCCUAUUAUUUGAAAAUGUCCAUGUUUAAUAUGGAUAGUUAUCUUAUACAUACAAUAAAUUCAUUAAAUGAAUCAGGUACAGAAAAUGACAAUUAUGAUUCUGCUCUGUGCCAUACUGUUGAGAUAUAUAGGCGUUUCAGUGAUUAUAUUAACAACAAUGAGGGUCUCAAAAGUUCUUACAUUUUUAAGUUCGGUCGAAAAAAUACAAUUUUAUAUUUACUACAAAAAUAUACAAGUAUGUAUUUAAACAUGGUAGAAAAUUGCAAUGAGUCACGUGUAAGUCCACGUAUCUUCGUAAAGGCUGAAUAUUACAAAAUUAUGUUCCUAUUUUAUGUUGCAGUUACAUAUAUAUUGAGGUGCAGCAAUGAAAAAAGUUAUACGAUGAUUUGUGAUAAAAGUAGAAGCAAUAGUAGUAAUUGUAGCAGAAAUGACAGUGAUAUUCAUGGUAGAAGAGAUAGUUACGUUUCCAAUGUUAUGAAUUAUGACAAGAAUGAAAUGGGAAAAAAUGAAAAAAAGCUGGACUGUGAAGAUUAUGCAGAAAAAAUGUUAAUAAGACUUAUAGAAAAUAUAACGAAAAGUGGCAAUAUGAACAGUUGUGAAGGAAGAACCAAAAAUGCAAGAAAAAAAAAAUAUUUUUCCAUAGUGCACUAUAACAACGAAAAGAUUAAUUACAGAUGUAACAACAUGAUUUUGGAUAAUGCUAAUGAUUUGUGUGCAAUGAGUGAUAUUAUACAAAUUGUUGAAAAGAGUAAAAUGAAAUUUUUAAAAAAUUUAUUUUUUGAAAACAGAUUUCCUUUGAAAUAUUUUAAGGACAAUUUUUUGAAUGACGAAAUUUGUUUUUUUAUAAAUGUUAUAAAAAAUACGUAUGAAAAAUUUUACGUUCUUCUUAUAAAUGAAAGAGAAAUAAAAAAAAAUGACAACUUUUUGUAUCCCAAAUAUAUGGCGAAAUAUGCAAAGCGAAAUGACGAUAGUUUACUCAACUAUGCAGGAGAACGAACUUUUCGUACGAGCAGUGGUAAUAGUGAUAGUUCUAGAAGUAAUCUUUUUAAGAAGGACUUUUUUUCACCUCCUUUAUCAGUUCUAAAUAGGCCAGUUCUGAAAAGCAUGUCAAAAUCAAGGAGAAUUUUUUCUUUUAAUUCGGCUAUUACGAAAGAAGAAGAAAUUAUUAAUUUUUCUGAGUUAAAAAAAAAAAUAAACGAGGAACAUAUAAAAUCUGUUAUAGACAUGUUGAACCUAAAAGCAAUUUUCAGUUAUCAAUUAAAAUAUCUAUAUCAUAAUUUGACAUGCCUAGAUUUUAUUAAGAAGUAUUUAUUAUUUUGCAUCCAUGUAAGUAGAGAUAGAGACUUGAUUAAACUUGUGAGUUAUUAUGAGCUCAAGCACAGGAAAAGAAAAGGACAUAGUUGCUUCAAAAGUUUCAAACGUACUCAACACGCGUACAUGGACAAGUCUUAUAACGAUGGCGUGAGUGCAGUUACCAGAAUGAGAAAUGGUGCAAAUGGUAGAGAAAUUGAUAGAGAAAAUGAGAGAGAAAAUGACACAGAAAAUGAUAGAGAAAAUGAUAGGGAAAUUGCUAAAGAAAUUGAUAGGGAAAUUGCUAAAGAAAUUGAUAGAGAAAUUGAUAGAGAAAUUGAUAAUGAAAUUGAUAACGAAAAUGAUAACGAAAUUGGUAAUGAAAUUACUAAUGGGAGAAGUAGUUUAUAUACAAGUAAUCCAAUUCGGGAGAACGAAACGGGGGUUGGGAGUAAUAAAGGAAGUGCAAAGGGGAAUGGUUCUUACGGUGUAGAUAAAAAGGAUGAGUUUAAUAGGAGAAAAGUAAGGACUGAGGGAAAUGUUAUUAGAGAAGGAAGAUUAAACCAGGAGGUGAAGGAUUUCAGAAUGGGUGUGGUAAAUAUGGAGAGAAUGAAGAAUGAUGUGAAGAAUUUUAACUACUUAAAUUAUCUAACAGUUCAGGAAAAAAAAGAUUUAUGUGAGAUAAUUCUGAAAAAUUUUAACAUAUCUAAAAAUUCUUUUUAUUUUCGUGAUUUUAUUUUUUUAUGUAAAUAUGUAUAUUUCAUUUUAGAAAAUUUGAGAGCCCAGUAUGUAAAAUUGAUAGUUCCAUAUAUUCACAAAAUUGAAAACUCUUAUUUGUCAUAUAAGAAUAAAAAAUUAAAAAUAAAUUUUAGAGACAAGAUUAUAGUUAUUCAGAAUUAUAUGAGAAGAUUUUUAUUUCUUCAGAAAGUGAAAAGAAUAGAAAAACAAAAAAAUUUACUAGUGUCAUUUAUCAUAUUUUAUAGCUACAUAGUUAAAAACAAAGAUUUUGAUAAAACGAAAGAAACGUUAGAAUUGUGUAAGGACAAUUUCAUGAAGAAUGAAAAAAAGCUAAUUCGUCAUGCAGCAAGUGUAUAUAUACAGUCUUGGUAUAGAAAAAUAAUACAACAAAGAAAAUAUAAAGCAUUAAAAAUGGAAUUGUUUCAAAAGAGAGCUAUAGAAAAUAUCAAUAAAGCUAUUAGAACAUAUCUUGUUCAGAUUAAAAUUAUAAAAAAUUUAAAAGAUGUAAUUAUCCCUAACAGAUGUGCUAUUUUAAUACAGUCCUACUUUAGAAGAUACAUAUGUGUUACAAAUUAUCAAAAAAAACUAUUUUUGAAAAUAUGCUUCUUAUCUAUUAAGAGAAAAUAUUUCACCUACUCUAGUGUCGUAACUAAGGUGAAUUAUCAUUAUUUGAUAAAAAAUAUAUACAGUAGAAAUAUCAUUCAAAGUCAAUUCAAAAUACCUGAAGCAGUUAUUAAAAUACAAUGUAAUUACAAAGCAUAUGUAGUUAGAAAACAAUUUACAAUGUUAAUGAAUGCUAUAUAUUUUACUCAAGCUUAUGUUCAUACAUGUGUAGAACGGAUGAGGUAUAACAAAAUGAAAAAAAGUAUUAUUCUUAUUCAGAGAUGGUGGAAAAAUUUUUAUAAAUUAAAAAAUAUUUUUUCAUUGGUUCCGUUUAAUAUGUAUAGUAGUGAAUAUGACAAAAGGAGAUACUACUUUUUACAAAAAAAUAAUUUUCCAUUUUACAAUUAUUACACCUUAAAGGAAAAGAAAUCUUUAAAACUUUUGACAUAUCACAUUUUACUAAAACAAUGGUAUUUUUUUUAUUUCAAAAAAUUCCAAAAAAAAAAUCAUCAAUUUAAUAUUGUGUUUAAUUUAAAGUUAUAUAAAAAUGUAUCCUAUCAUUAUACCCUCCCAUGGGCAUACAAAAUAAACAACUUAUUGAAAAUAAUUCAUAUGAAACAAAUGUUUCAGAAAUGUACUAAUAAUGCACAAAAUACCAUAUUCAAUAUUCCUGUUUUUGAAUCCAUACAAAUAUUUGUUGGAAGGACACAUACCAUCCUUUUAAUCAACCAGAGCGUUAUUAAUGAUCAAAUUGCAAACAGCCCAGAUGGAUAUACAAACAGCAACAAUAUGCAUAAUAACACCUAUGGGGAGAGGAAAAAUUACUACUCUAAAUUUGUUUACAGUCUGGGUUCAAAUGAUUAUGGCCAACUAGGAUAUUACAGUUUGUUCGAGAAAAAUUUCAUCUAUCAUUCCACUAUUUUCCCAAAACAUUCAGAUACUGAUUUUGGAGAUAUAGCACCUGAGAAAGUUGACCAUAUUACGAACAGAUUGGGGUACGACAUGACGACACAUCCUAUUGACAUAUCGGAUGAGGAACAAAUUGAUCGAAAUGACAAGUGUUACGAAUUGUUCACCUUGGGAUGGGAAAGUAACAGCCUUAACAAGGGUUCCAUCACGAGGGGUAAAGCCAACACGCGACGUUUAGAGAAAAUUGGAAAAAGGUAUUACUCCAAAUGGAAUGCUAAAAAAAUGGAAAAUACUCGUGGUAGUGUUGAAGGAACAUAUAGAAGCGUUAAACUUACACUUAAAGAUGAACAUGAUGAUGGUGAUGAAAUGAGAAUUUCCUGCUUGGAGAGAAAUUCAGGGGAUUUCAAAAAUUGUAAAGUAACCGAUACGACUUGUUUAGAAAAGAAUAGCGUAAAAGGGCAAAAAUGCGGGACAAAAAAUUUAUGUAAUAAUUAUAAGAAAAAUAUUCAACAUUUAAUUUUUGAGCAUAAACGUAAAUUCACAAUUAAUGAAAAUCUUUUUUCAAAUGCACAUGAAGGAUCGUUACACGAUGUUGUAGAUUACAAAGUAGUAGAAAAAAGAAAUAACAGAGGGGAAAAUGAAAAAAUAGUUGAAUUUACAAAAGUUGUAAGUGAAACAAAUAAAAUUGUGAAUAUUAGUUGUGGAUCUGAACAUACAUUGGCUCUUUCAGAAAAUGGGAAUGUAUAUUCCUGGGGAAGUAACAUAUUUGGACAAUGCAGUCAAAAAUAUGAAAAAAAUAUUAUAAGAUAUCCUAGAAUAAUAAAGCAUUUUUUAAAAAAAAAUAUUAAAAUUAAAAAUAUUAGCUGUGCAUCUUAUCAUAGUGCUUAUAUUUCUAGAAAAAAUGACCUCUACAUUAGUGGGAAUUUUUUUUUCAUUAAUUUAAAAUAUUUUCAUGAAAACAUAUUUGAACCAUUAUUUUUAAUAUCUGGGUGUCACACCAUUCUAUGUAAUGACAGCUAUAAUGUAUGUUUAAAGGUUGACAAAAGUUCAUUGUACAUAUGGGGAAAUAAUUAUAAAUGUGUACUAGGAUUAAAUAAUAAUAAAUUAAGAAAUCUUGAUGAAAUAUCACAUUAUCCAUUAACAAAUAUUUCUCCAAAUAUUUGUGUAAACAAAAUUACAUGUUCUGAUAAUUUCGUCUGUAUAAUAACAAAACCUACUAGUACAAAACACUCAUUAUACAUGUGGGGGCAAUUUGCCCUUAUUGAAAAAAAAGAAGAAAGUCCCUCAUCCUUUUCAGUGACAAAUAUGAAUAACGUUUUUAAUAAGUUCAGGAUUAAAGCUAACAUGCACAAUUCUAAGAACAACAAUCAGGAGAGUGAAAAUAGCCAGAGUGACACAACCUCAAAGAAGAAAAUAAUAUUUAUUGCUAAACCUUCCCCGGUUUAUGAUAGUCUAUGGGAUAAUGUAGAACCCAUAGAUGUGUGUUGCGACUUGGACGAAAUAUUAGUACUAAUGAACAACCUCUGCUUGUACGGAUUCAGUGCAGUAGAAAUUAUUAGCAAUGGUGAUAAAAAAGGGAAAGGAAACGAAACGAAUUUUUCUUAUUCCAAAUAUGGCAGACGAGAGUUGGAACAAAGAAAGGAGAAAAAAAUAACUUAUAAAGAACCAGAAGUUUAUGAAAAUAUAAAAGUUUUAAGCCCAUCGUUGUACAUGUUUAAAUAUUUCAAACCGUCCUACUUCAACAUAAAAAAAAUUAACUGCAGUUAUAAUAGGAAUAGUUUAUCCAUUAUGAAUGCAACAAUGGGUGAAUAUGAAAUACCUACUGUUGCAAAAAAGCUGGAAUAUGUUACCCCAGCAGGUGACAUUAUGCAAUUCCCAGAAAAAAUACGAGAAGCCAUCUUAGCCAAGGCGAAAAGGGAGUCAAAUAAAUGGAUUAGGUCAACAGAUGAUCCUUAUAUAAAUCAUUUUCUAAUAAAAAACUCUAGCGACUCGGACAGUGUUAAUUAG